AUGCCGGUGGCGGCGACGCUGGAUCCGGCGGCGGACACGGAGGACGAGUUCCACGAGUCGCUGGACCGGAUCCUCUCCUCCUCCUGCUCCUCCACCUCCGCCUCCGACGACGACGCCCCACCGGUCAUAGUGAGACGCAUGAUACGGUUCCCGGAUAGCAGGGACGGAUCACGCUCCUCCCUCCAAAGCGGCGCAAUGCCGGUGGCGGCGACGCUGGAUCCGGCGGCGGACACGGAGGACGAGUUCCACGAGUCGCUGGACCGGAUCCUCUCCUCCUCCUGCUCCUCCACCUCCGCCUCCGCCUCCGACGACGACGCCGACCCGCUCCACCGCCGCCGCCGGAGCCGCGGCCAGCACCACCACCCCAGCAACCAACCGCCGUCGUCCUCGGCCGCCGCCUACGACGUCUGGAUCUCCGAGCCCACCUCCGUCCACGAGCGCCGCAAGGUCCUGCUCAACCGCCUCGGCCUCUCCCCCUCAGGCUCCCUGCAGCCCCACUCCCCCCGCCCCUCCUCCUCCAUCCCUCUCUCCCCGCCCCGCCGCUCCCCUUCCCCGCCACCGCCCGCCACCGAGGACCCUGCUUCCCCGCCCGCGGCGGAGCCCCCGGAGCAGCCCAGAUCCGCGGGCCACGGGAAGCCGCCGCUGGCGCGGAACCCAAGCAAUGCCGGGGAGCAGCAGUGCCGGAUCCGGAACCUGGACGACGGCACGGAGUUCGAGCUCGGGGAGGUGCACGAGGAGGUCAUCCGAGAGGUCGGCACCGGGCGCCAACUCUCCCUCGAGGAGUUCGAGCAGUGCCUGGGCCGCUCCCCGAUCGUGCACGAGCUCAUGCGGCGCGCCACCACCCCCUCCUCCUCCGCCUCCCUCUCCUCGUCCGCCCCGGCCUCCAAGCCCCGCAGGGGGUGGCUGCGCGGCAUCCGGCACCUGGCCGGCACCGUCGCGUACGGCGGAACCCGCCGCGGGGCCGACGCCAAGGACAAGGAUAAGGAAGCCCGGCGCCUCAGCUCCGCCACCGACGACAGCCUCGACGGCGGCUCCUCCGGGACCGGAUCGCGCGGCGCGGGGAGGGUCAGGGUGCGGCAGUACGGCAAGGCGUGCAAGGAGCUGACGGGGAUGUUCAUGACGCAGCAGCUGCCCGCCCACUCGGGCGCCGUCUGGUGCAUCAACUUCAGCCUCGACGGCCGGUACCUCGCCAGCGCCGGCGAGGACCGCGUCAUCCACGUCUGGGAGGUCUCCGAGGGGGACAGGAAGGGGGACCUGCUCGUCGGGGAAGCUGCGGUUUCGAGGGAGAGCAGCGGCUCCAGCCCGUUUGUCGCCGUUGCGGGAAGUGGCUCGCCGGACGUGGGAGUGCUGUCGCUCAGCUCUGGGGAGAAGAAGAGGCGUCCGAGGGUGCAGAGCAGCCGGAAGUCCGUCGGCUCUGACCAUCUGGUUGUGCCUGAGUGCGUGUUUGGGUUCAGAGAUAAGCCGGUCUGCUCGCUCCUGGGACACGCCGCUGAUGUUCUUGAUCUUUCAUGGUCCAAAUCCCAGUACUUGCUUUCAUCCUCGAUGGACAAAACUGUUAGGCUAUGGGACAUCACUGCCAGUACCUGCUUGAAGACGUUCUCACACACGGACUAUGUCACAUGCAUCCAGUUCAAUCCGGUAGAUGAUAAUUUCUUCAUAAGUGGGUCACUGGAUGAGAAAGUUCGCAUUUGGAAUGUCCAGGAUCGGAAGAUUGAAGAUUGGAACGAUCUUCAUGAGAUGGUUACCGCUGCAUGUUAUUCUCCGGAUGGACAGGUUGCAAUGGUAGGGUCUCACAAGGGAAGCUGCCAUUUAUUUGAUACAACAGAGAAGAAGCUCCAGUACAAAAGUCAGAUAGACUUAAGAAUCAGGAAAAAGAAGUCGGGUCAGAAGAAGAUAACUGGCUUCCAGUUUGCUCCAGGAAGCUCUUUGGAAGUUCUUAUUACUUCUGCGGAUUCAAGAAUCCGUGUUGUUAAUGGUGAUGAACUUGUUCACAAAUUUAAAGGGUUCCGCAAUACAAGUAGCCAAAUCUCAGCCUCUGUGGCUCCAAAUGGGAAAUAUGUAGUCUGUGCCAGUGAGGAUUCUCAUGUGUAUGUCUGGAGACAUGACAACAGUUCCCAUCCAAGCAGAAGCAGGAGUUCAGUUGACGUGACCAACUCAUACGAACAUUUCCACUGCCAAGACGUAACUGUGGCAAUCACGUGGCCCGGUGCUGAAUCCCGUGGAUCGUUUGGGUGCCGUAGCAGCCGACACAGUGAUUCAGAUGGUGCAGUGAACUCUGUCCCGGAAGCUCCUGCACGAAACGAUGAGCACGAGGCAAAUGGAACUGCGAUCAGAUCCACGGAGACCCCAGUUUGCGAAGCUGGUGCAAGCACCAGCAAUCAUGCAGUUGAAGCAGUAUCCCCGUCCUUAUCCGACGAGCAGUUACCGUCAGCCAAGAGCAGCCCCGGUCACAGCUCGUCUGAUCUCUGCAUCGGGGCCAUGGAUGUCCAGCGCCGGUCCGCGUGGGGUCUGGUGAUCGUCACGGCAGGACGAGGAGGAGAAAUCAGAGUGUUCCAGAAUUUUGGUUUCCCGGUUCAAGUGUAAAGCUGGCGUGAGAGUGCGGAGCUGUUGCUGGGCUCUUUGCUGUACAGAUACCUUCACUUCUUCACCAGUUCACCUACUAGGAGUUUAACUAGCUGAAAGUUUUCUCCGUUUUGCUGUCUGUUUUAGUGCAUUAAGAGCUCACUCCGAAGACCACACUAUUCUUUUUAUUUUUGAUACAAGCAUGGCUCUGUGUAAUUGUAUGGUUAACAGCCGACACAUUCAUUUGUUCA